GCACAGAAGCUUAUCAGCUGGCUGAGACCACAGCCAGAGAUGGUGUUUGUUAGGCUGUGGCAAACGGCCAGUUUCUGAACCCACUUUUUAUAGUAGGGACACCAAGCAUUAGGGCUGAACAAAGGAAUUUUUAUGAUCUUGCCCCGACCGUGAGUUAGUCAAGGGAGACCUUAAGGGGGAGUGGGUUCUAAAGUCAGUGGGUAACUAGGCAGCUAUCCUGAAAUAUGUUUCAGAGGAAAUUACAGUGAAAGUCACUAAUUGCAAGAAAACAGAUGUCUUUAGCAAUUAGUCAGAAAAGGGACUGCUAGUAAUAUCAGAGGGUUAAUAAAUUAGAAUAAUUGGUUCUUAGGCUGGGAACUUGGAAGAUAGCAAAAAGCUUCUCACAUAAUCUCAAGGUAAAAUUCAGAUACAGAUUACCUUACAAUCUUCUUUUUCAGUUAAACUAAUGUUUGUGUUUAACCUAUUGUCUUCCUGGGUGCUUCCAGACAGUGUUUACUGAAGCCCCGAGUCUUCCCUUUGAGGCUGCCAGUUUCACAUAGCAGGGAUAAUGCGUAACCCAGAGGUCAUAUAUCUAUUUCCUAAAAGUUGACUCAGCUCAUAUCAGUAGGCUGGCUCUCAGUUUGCAGAGAGAUGCUUUGGCCUCGUAAAUAGAGCUAUGGGUUGUAAAGUGAAAUAACCCGCUGUUAAUAGUUUUAAUCCUUAAACUACUGAGGAAGCUGCUGACAGUCUGCUCUCAUUCUCCUAGGCUUACAACUUUAUAUUUCUUUAUUUUUACAUUUCUAUUUCUGGAAUCUACGUUUUUAUAGCUUUUUUGUUUUGUUUUGUUUUGGUUUUUCGAGAUAGGGUUUCUCUGUGGCUUUGGAGCCUGUCCUGGAACUAGCUCUUGUAGACCAGGCUGGUCUCGAACUCACAGAGAUCCACCUGCCUCUGCCUCCCGAGUGCUGGGAUUAAAGGCGUGCAUCACCAUCGCCCGGCCGUUUUUAUAGUCUUAUUCCUGAAUCCUUUCAAGUGUGUGUGUGUGUGUGUGUGUGUGUGUGUGUGUGUUCACAUGCCUGUGCUUGUCACUGUGGAAGUGUGCUUGCACAUGUUUUCUGUGUAGACAUGUUCAUGUGUAGUUACAAACAUGUUUCCCCGUGUGCAAGUUCGUAUGCACAUGUGUCUCCAUGUCUACACGCAGCCCCUGUGUCCAUGUGUCUGCAUGGAGCCCCUCUGUCUGUGUUUUGUGUUGGCAUCUCUGUGUUGCACCUUAACGGAAAGGAUCGCCCUUCCUUUCUAAGUUCCUUUGCUUUACCAGGCAUUUGCUAACGUCAGUACUCUGGCCCUUGACUCUGGCAGCCUUUUGGGAUGGAAGUGUGGCCCUAGAGCUGAGGUGGGACUUGACUGCAGAUGCACAACAGCUGGGGAGUCCCAGAAGGCAUGGGAAGGAGCUUGUGGCUAAGCUGACUUAGGGACCAAGUUCACACGUAGCAGCCAAGGUUCAGGGGUCUGGCUAGCAUUUGUUCAGAGUGUCUUUGUAUGCCACAUUCAGACACCAACGUUUGUCCUCAUCCACGAAGGAGCAACAGAGGAGGCAGACAUGGGGCGCCAGUUCUGUGCUUCUGCCAGCAAGGGGGUUACAGUGGAAACCUUCCCUUGUUUCUCCCCAGGAGCCAUGGAUGCUGUGGAACUUGCCAGAAGGCUGCAAGAAGAGGCCACAUGUUCCAUCUGCCUCGACUACUUCAUCGAUCCUGUGAUGACUGCCUGUGGCCACAACUUCUGCAGAAACUGCAUCCUGAUGAGCUGGGAGAAAGGGAAGGUCAAGAAAGGGAAGAAGAAAAAGGGCUGCUUCCCCUGCCCCGAGUGCAGGGAGAUGAACCCUCAGAGGAACCUGAGGCCCAACCGCCUACUGAUAAAGGUGGCAGAGAUGGCCCGCCAGCACCUUGGGCUGCAGAAGCGAGACUUGUGCCAGACACACCAAGAGCCCCUCAAGCUCUUCUGCCAGGAUGACCAGAGCCCUAUUUGUGUGGUCUGCAGGGAGGCCCAGGAGCAACGGGUGCACAGCGUGAAGCCUGUGGAUGAGGCUGCAAGGGAGUAUAAGACAAAGUUGGAGGAAGACAUAAAGUAUCUUCGGGAGGAGGUGACGAAGACGGAGACGCUCCAAGCCAAGGGGGAAGAGACCUUAACUCAAUGGCAGGAGAAAGUGAAGGAGCGCAGAGAGCGCAUCCUGGAGGAGUUCCAGAAGGUGGUCCUAUUCCUGGUGGAAGAGGAACGUCGGCUUCUCCAGGUCCUGAAGAAGGAGGAAGAGGAUACCGUAGGGAGGCUGCAGGACAGCAAGGCCUUCCUGGAUAGCCAAAGCAGCUCUCUGGACCUGCUCCUGUUGCAGCUGGAAGAGCACAGCCAGCAGGGGCCCCUCCAGAUGCUGCAGGACGUGAAGGAUACCUUGGCCAGGAGGGAGAGCCUCUGCGUGAAGUAUCCAGAGAUGGCCCUCCCCGUAGCCAUCAAGACCGUGUGCCGAGUUCCAGGGCAGAUAGAAGUGCUCAAAAGUUUCCAAGAAGAUGUGGUGCCGGACCCCAGUUCUGCGUACCCCUAUCUCCUCCUGUACGAGAGCCGCCAAAGGCGGUACCUGAGCCCACCACCAGAGGGCAGCACCCCCCAGAGCAAGGACCGGUUCGUGGCCUACCCCUGCGCUGUGGGACAGAAGAGCUUUUCCUCUGGAAGGCACUACUGGGAAGUGGGCAUGAAUCUUACCGGGGAUGGACUCUGGGCCUUAGGCGUGUGCAGGGACAACGUGAGCCGGAAGGACAGGGUGCCCAAAUCCCCGGAAAAUGGGUUCUGGGUAGUGCAGCUGUCCAAGGGGAAGAAGCACUUGUCCCUGUUACCUGACUCCACUCCCAUCACACUCACUGAGCCUCCCAGCCACAUGGGCAUCUUCCUGGACUUCCAGGCUGGGGAGGUGUCCUUCUACAGUGUGAACGAUGGGUGUCACUUGCACAGCUUCUCCCAGACCGCCUUCCCUGGGCCGCUGCUGCCGUUCUUCUGCUUGGGAACUCCAAAGUCGGGCCAGAUGGUCAUCUCCACAGUGACCAUGUGGGUGAAGGGAUAGAGACUUGGAACCAGACACAGUCCCUGGGCGUGCCUUGGGUUCCCCGGAAGUCAGGGCACUUCACCACCGUGGCUACCUACCCAGGCUUUCUCUGGGAGCGCUGAGAGCCAAUACCUGUGCUGGCAGGACAAUUUCCCGAAAUACAACCACGAUUAAAAUGCUCAAAUUCUGAACUGACUACUGAUAAGAUGCUAAAUGAGGGUAACUUUGGAAAGGGCCCCGACAUUUCCGAGAGAACUUGCUCACCGGGCAAGUUGGUCUUCUGUUUUGUUAGCUUUGGUCCCGCCCCAAAAGCUUGCUGAUGUCUUGGUUCCUAGCGCCCUCUGGCCUUCGGAUCCUUCACAGAGAAGGUGGAGCUCGCCCCGCCCCCGCCCCCACCCCCUUAAGAUGAUUAGGAAGGGCUCCUCACUCCUUGCUCAAAGUGCCCGUUCCUACCACUCCCUCUCCGGAGAAACCCUCGCUUCCCAUUCCCGUUACAAGUUACUGGCACCCUGGCAAGCGCGCGCAUUUCCGAAGUGGUUUUCACUGUGAGCCUUCUGGACCCUCGGGCCGGACACCGUUUCUCGUUUCUUAUCCCUGAUCUCUUCGGGUCUGCCCCCAGACAUGAGGGUGGGGUUGGGGGUGUCUGAGCGACAACAGUCCAGGGGUGCUGCGGGCUGUGGACACAGGGUGAAAGCGCAUUGGGAAACCACCAACUCCAUCGAACAUAGCCUAGGUGUGUUUGCACGUCCUCGGGGUCGUCCUGUGCCUCGGUACUCCUCUACAUCCCUUUCCGGACCUGCGGCCAAAGUU